GUUGAUGUUCUGUUGCUGGCUUUCGUCCAGCGAACUUUGCGAUAUGUUUUUCCCACUUUUUCCCUUAUAGAUCAAUAUAUCCUAUACUAUCCGCUUAUCUUGCGGUAAUCUCUCUUGCUUUCUGCCCCCACACGCUGGCCGUACACACUAACUACACGCAGCGUCCCCGCUGUCGCACUCGUUAGACCCCUCACAUUCCUUAUGGCCCAACUGCUAGCUCCUAAGGCCCCGGAUCCUGGGCGUAUCUCACAGAUCCUGCCAACCGUCAAAUGUUCGAGUUGCAAUCAACCCGUACCCAUUUCAGAGCUUGGAGACCAUGUCUGCGCACCUCCUUCCCCUUCCUCUAAGCCACCCAUGUCUCCCCGUUCUGCUAGCUUUCUUUCGCAGAAGUAUCAGAAUAUGGUCUCUCGCUCCCAGACACCGCCGGUACCAUCUCCAUUAUCACAAGGACCUCCGCGUCAGCCAAGUCCAUUGAGUGCGCAAGCAGCGAAACCUCCAACUCAGGGAUCACCACUGCGGCCCAGAGCGCCAUCCACUGCAUCUUUGAAUGUUCCGGCGCGUCCACAACGCUCUCCUAGUCCAUCAUCCAGAGAUGGUCCCCGCAAUGGAGGCAAAGUCGCGUUUCCAACUCAUUCCGGGCCCGAAUCUCCAACAGUUACAUCUCCGCUGUCAAUGCGACAGACCUCGCGAUCUUUACGUUCUGGAUCCUCUAUUUCCAGUCGAUCUUCUACCUCUUCCCAUGUUACUUCCCCUCUUUCAUCUCGGCCGCUUGAACAACAACUACCAAUGCCAGCCAAUAUGCCUCGAACUAAUACUCCCGGUUUACGAGCACGGGCACCUUCGAAUGCAAGUGUGCGAUCUACCGCACCGUCUAUACGACAGCCAACUCAGUCCAGUCCGACCCCUUAUGUUCCUCCUCCACGUUUUGGAGGGAGUCAGAUAGGUGCAUUAUCACCAACAUCUCCGCGUCCUCGAGCUGCGACCAAUGCAGGUGCCCCUCCAGACUUCCAAACCGGACCUGAAAUUAUAUACUCUACAUCUAAUAGACUUGCCGAUGUGCCGGACUUUGCUCCCAGACCGCCAACUUCACCUGGCCCUUCCAUGCCCUCUACUGGCGGUUUCGACUUGGGCCAGGUAAUCCCUAACGGACAUCCAAUUUCUCCGGCUCAGAUGCCAUACUCACCCCCUGCACCAGACAUUGACACAAAGAUUGGUGGAGAAGCUGGUAUGGCCGGAGUUGGUCGACGAGGGUUCGCAGCCGCUGCUCGUGCAGCCAUGUUUGCGAAUAACAUGGCCAAUGCCAUGGAUGUUGGUCGGGAUGAUCAGUCGGCCGUGUUCUUGAAUAUAAACGCUGUCCAAGGUAUGGACGGGCGACGGGCGAACGCUCCCAACUUCCUAGAUAUUGCUUCUGCUAGAAACUAUGCUAAUACGCCACCACUAUCGCCUAAUUCAGGCUCGUCGCAUUCACCCCACUCUCCUCUGUCGGCUGCGUUGCCUUCCCCUGACAACGAAGGGAGAAAUAGCACAACACCAACCCUACCAACCAUCGCUUCACGCACGCCCUCUCCGUCUGGACCGGGGCGACCAUUCAUGCAAGGUGACAGGAUGAUUCCGCCAGCGCCAGAGCCACCGAAGUCUCCAUUACCUGCGACGCCAACUACACCUGUUCGACUCCCAUUUUUCGAGAAGUUCAAGAACAAGCAUCCUCCUGUUGACGUGACGCCUGAACCUGCCAAGGAAGCUUCGUCACCGCUGUCCCCAGGCGGCUCUGAGUCGAGCUUUGGAGGUCUGGCCUAUGCAGAUUCGUCGGACGACGAAGAUGAGAAGCUUCCUGCUUCGGCUCCUCCAGUCUUGAACAAGGACCUGCCUGUAAGUCCGAUUGCUAUUCCUCCUGUGCCUAAGUCUGCAAGUGGGCCCAAUAAAGUACGCUUCCCGUCUAUGUCGUCGAAGACCAGCUCUAUCCAUCAACCGGACUUUAGCUAUCCUUCCUCCUCCACCGUUUCACCGAGACUACCUCAACGGAGCCUCUCAGCCUCGACAGCAACUUCGACCUAUUCUGUUCGCUCAGCUGCAAAAUCCACUGGCGCCCUGGACCGAGCCAUGGAAACACUCUUCGAGGAAGAUGCCACUUCCACCUCGGCUUCUAGUCCCGCGAUGUUCCCCUUAACGAUCGGUGAAGGUCAUAGGGACAGCAAGCCACCAAAGUUACCAACUAGGUCACAUACCAGUCCUAUAUUAAGUGCUGGUAGACCAGAUUCUAAACAUGGAAUGGGUAAACGAAGGGCUCCGAAGGUUAGAACAUGUGUAAAGUGCGACAAGCAUGUCGAUGAUGGACGGUGGAUACAAAUGGAUGGUGGGAGUGUGCUUUGCGAUAAGUGCUGGAAGAAUAUGUAUCUUCCUAAGUGUCGUCGAUGCAACAAGACGAUCGAGAAGGCUGCGGUCUCUUCAUCUGAUGGUCAGCUUAAGGGCAAGUACCACAGGGAAUGUUUCAGCUGUUUUACUUGUCAGGUAUGGUUGAGUAUACGCCCAUAUCUGCCUUUUAUGUUAAACUGCUCGUUUCAGAAACCGUUUCCUGACAAGUCCUUCUAUGUUUUCGACGGGAAACCCUUCUGCGCCUACCAUUACCACGAAGCCAACGACUCACUCUGCGCUGCCACAGCUUGUGGUCAGCCCAUCGAGGGUCCAUGUGCUGUCUCGCAUUCAGGUGAUAAGUACCACCCCGAACACUUCACUUGUGAAUGGAGUCGCUGCAAUGAACGGUUGGCGGAAUAUUGGGAAGUCGAGGGAAGGAUGCUUUGUGAUAAGCAUGCUCAGAUCGCUAUGCGGGAAGGCGAGUUUGAAGACAAGGAUCCGUUAGACGGACUUGGACCAUUCGAGGGGAAGGCAGGAGAUGAUAGGAGGGAUAGCGUCGUGGCGAAAGCAACGAAGCGGGUGACGAGAUUCAUCGAUCUUGCGGCCCUCAAUGGAGGUGGAGGUGGAGGGGGAGAUGACAGUGGGUUACGAUAAACGGACCCGACCCCUACCACCUCUUGCCUUCUGGGGGCUAUCGUCAUGCAAACAGACCAAUGGUGCGCUUUUUCGUCAAUCAUCCAAAAGGUUUCGUGAAUAGUGGACACAGUAUCAUUCUCGUGGACGGAAGUAUACCGAUGCUUCAUUUGUAUUUCUAUCCUUUCAUACAUUCAACAUUUUCUACAACUUCUCGCAUCCUAUAUCCGGACCUUACGACAACAGUCCGUCUUACUCACAAUACCCCACUACUUUACUUCUCCCCGUUACACAACCACAACCAUGACCAACACUUUACCCCUUUUCAUCCUUCCUUCAGACUCUCAUACCCUCGUACCAUAAUUCGACUUUCUUUGGUGUACAGACUACAUUUGGGAUUUUCAGUGGACAUCUUUACUUUUAUUUCGUUCGGUUCUUUCUUCCCUUUCCUCACCAUGCUCACAUCCUUUUUAUUCGAUUUUCUUACCCACCCUCGUUGUAUAAUUCCCUUUGGCUCUUGCAAGAGAAGCCAGCAAGAAAUUAGGUCUCUAGUAGAAGAAACUAAUCGACCACAAUCAAUGGAAUCACAAUUAUCUCUAUCUCUGGCA